CAAUAUCAUAUCAUUGUGGUUCAAAGUAAACGGUGAUAUUCUGAAUUAAAAAUUAUAAACGAUUGUGAGGUGAUGCCUGAUGUAAAAGUUUUAUUUGUUUUUUGGAUAAUAGUGGUAGUUAGGUCUAUUCACGUCCACAUACGCGUACACUUAUCCCCACACGCACACGCACACACACCUUGAUUGAAAAUUGAUAGUACCUAUUAGCAUUGAAAGAACAGAUACAGUAUUCACUAUGGCGUCACCAGCUUUUGAUAACGAUUCCUUCCACGAGGACAAAACAAAUAAUGUAUACACUUCAGGCGAAAAGCUGCAAUACAAGGAUGAAUUCUGGGGGGAGACUGGUGGUGAAACCAGUGGGCCCUACAAAGGAUUUACGGUCCUUUCCAAGCGAGCCACCGAUGCCAAGUCUAUGAUGACUGUAUUUGCGGAUGUCAUUGCCACCCGAUGUGAGAUUGAGAAGACAUACGGACAAGCCCUGGUGCGUCUAUCCGAUCACGCAAUAAAGACAAACAAGGACAAGCACGGAACGAUGUACUUUGCGUUCGAGAACACUAUGAAGGGCAUGAAGACUACUGGCCAGCAGCACGUGGAUCUUGGCACACAGAUGAGUAAGGUACUGGGCGCACACUUCAAGGACUUCAACUCGGACUCCAAGGCGCACAGAAAACAGCAAGUCAAACACCUCACAAACCUGCACACGCAACGUGAGAAGGUCUACGCCAGCCUAGUCAAGACCAAGGCCGCAUACAACGUCAAGUGCCAAGAGCGAGAAACGCUCGAGGACCAAUACAAACGCGCCAAGGAUGCGGGCGCACACACGCCUGAGGAGACUAAGGCACUAGACAAGCUACGUGAUAAGCUAUACAAAGCACGUACACAGGCGGAGAGGUCUGAGUUCCAAUACAAGCAGGCCGUCAGUACCGUAGAGGGUGUCCGUUUGGAGUGGGAGAAGGAGUUUGAAUCCAUUGCCGGGCAGCUACAGGAGAUUGAAGAACAAAGAAUCCAGAACGUGCGCCAGGACUUCUGGGUCAUGGCGAACCUGCAGUCCAUCUGCGCCGUAGCCGACGACAACGCCGCUGAGAUGAUCCGGGAGGCGGUCACUCAUGUGGACUGGGAGUCUGACAUCCAGGAGUUUGUGCGCAACAACCGAACGGGCAACGUACGCCCACACCAGCUGGACUUUGUGCAGUAUCAGUACAAGGAGAGUAUCCUGCGUAAUAUGUCGAUCUCGUCCACAGCCACCAGCGGCACCUAUUCGAGUGCUUAUGCGCCACCCAGCCGAGCCGGUUCGGUCAACACCGUGCCCGAGGAAGCCAGUUCGGAGACUGCGCCCGACUACAGCGCAGCCACCACUGCGAAGACCAACGGCGUCGGUGAAGCUUAUAUCGUCAUCUACGAAUAUAACGCGCAAGGAGAAGAAGAAUUAGACCUCAAAGAAGGAGAUGAGGUCGUAGUUACGGACACGAUCGAGGACCCCUGGUACAUGGGCACGCUCAACGGCAAGAGUGGCAUGGUGUAUAAGGAGUACCUGGAGAAAAAGAACUAGAUACAGAUAUCGGAGUAGAUAUAUAUACGCAAAGGCAUGUCGGGAGUAGGCAAGGAAUGGCGGGAGCGAAAGAAGUAUGCGCACCUCGGAUAGGCACAUAUUUGCACAUACAUUUACGUAAGUCGUGAAUUAGUGUUAUAGAUUACUUAUUGACCGGAUAUGAAGCUGUAGUAGCUGAAACAGCCUCUUGUCGAGUAGCGAAGACCACGAUAGGCCAGCUACCGUCUUGCACACUCACAUGUGAUGUGUUGUGGUGUGUAACCACAAAAUGUACAGUAUGGACUCCGCCGUUGCGUUGCACUAUUGUAGCCCUACGAUAGGAAGGGGCAGGAGUCUCAAUAAAGCGCAUACAUACAUACCUCUAUAA